UUUUUCCUCUCCCGGACUCUCCGGUAAUCGCGCGGUAAUGUGCGUUCGGUGUUGAGUGUUUGUUCUCCGCAGCGGCUCGGCGGUGCUCGGUGCGUGUUGUGGCCGUCCCGCGCGCCUCCUCUCCUCUCCUCUCCUCCUCUCUCCUCUCCGGGCGGGCGGAGCUGCAGCGGCUCUCCGGGGAAAAGCGGCGCGCUGUUAGCGGUUAGCUUCCCAGCCGAGAGGCGCUCGCGCACAACUGCCUCACUAAUUUCUGCCUACCUGUAAAGUCAGGUCAUGUGACCACGGUGUGGCUGAGCAGAGAGAGAGAGAGAGAGAGAGAGAGAGAAGGAAGGAAGGAAGGAAGAGAGAUACCACGGUGUAGCUGAACACACACACACACACACACAGACAGACAGAGAGAGAGGAAGGGACGGGACACUACGGUGUAGCUGAGCAGAGAGGAAGGAGAGACACCACGGAUUUACAGCUGCGGAGUUCAGUCGCGCUCUCUGCCUCUCCUGCCUUCUGUUUCUCAGGGCGGGCAGACAGACAAGGCAGACAGACAGGCAGGGCAGGGUUUGUUGUGAGGGUCUGAAGCGGGGAGUUUGGAGGCAGGGCAGGGUUGUGAGUGUCGGGAGUUUGGAGGCAGGGCAGGGUUGAGUGUCGGAGCGGGGAGUUUGGAGGCAGGGCAGGGUUGAGUGUCGGAGCGGGGAGUUUGGAGGCAGGGCAGGGUUGAGUGUCGGAGCGGGGAGUUUGGAGGCAGGGCAGGGUUUGUUGUGAGUGUCGGGAGUUUGGAGGCAGGGCAGGGUUUGUUGUGAGUGUCGGGAGUUUGGAGGCAGGGCAGGGUUUGUUGUGAGUGUCGGGAGUUUGGAGGCAGGGCAGGGUUUGUUGUGAGUGUCGGGAGUUUGGAGGCAGGGCAGGGUUGUGAGUGUCGGGAGUUUGGAGGCAGGGCAGGGUUGAGUGUCGGAGCGGGGAGUUUGGAGGCAGGGCAGGGUUGAGUGUCGGAGCGGGGAGUUUGGAGGCAGGGCAGGGUUGAGUGUCGGAGCGGGGAGUUUGGAGGCAGGGCAGGGUUUGUUGUGAGUGUCGGGAGUUUGGAGCGGCGCUCUGUUUGUUCUCUACAGACUCGCGGCGCGGCAACUUCAAAGUGCGUCUGCUGUCCUGUUGAAGAGCACCAUCAGCGGGAGGGAGUGAGGAACGAGGAGGAGCACAAAAAUGGCGUGGUGGGGUGUGGUAACACUCCUGAUUCUGCUGCGUGUUGACCGCUUUCAUUGCGAUCAGCCCCGCGCCCAAUUUUCCUCCCUCACCACCAUCAACAAAGUGGCCCAGGACCCCCAUACAGGCCGAAUCUACCUGGGCGCCAUCAACACCAUCUACCAGCUGGACUCUAAUUUAAAGCAAGAAAGUACAGCUCAGACGGGCCCCAAGAAGGACAGCCUGACCUGCACCCCGCCCAUCACUGCACAGUGUGCCGACGCUGUAGAAACGCAAAACGUCAACAAGCUUCUGCUGGUGAACUCUGCAAACGGCACGCUGGUUGUGUGCGGCAGCAUCUUUCGCGGCAUCUGCUCCCUGCACAAUCUGAGUAACGUUGAGCAGCAGGUGUACUACAGUGACACCAAGGGAGAGAAGACGUAUGUAGUUUCAGUAGACAGGUCGAUCUCGGUAGUGGGUGUGAUCACAGCUAUUACCAAGGAUGUUCAAAAACCGCUGAGCGUUUUCAUCGUGGGCCAAGGCUUCGGCCUCUUGGAUAGCGUGAAGCUGGUGAGCACACGUCUGUUGCAAAUGAACAGCGACAUGGACAUAUUCGAGAACGUCUUGGAGACCUCCACGGUGCAGGUGGGCCCGUACAUGCAUCGCUACCAUCACGACUUCCGCUACGCUUUCAAGCACAACGGACACGUCUUCUUCGUGUUCUCGCGAGUAAUCGACAGCACCGAUAGCCGCAAGCUCAGCUUCGUGGCUCGUCUGUGCGAUAACGACCCGCAUUACUACUCCUACACAGAGCUUCAGCUCAACUGCAGCAUGGACAAAGGCAACGUCUACAACAAGGUGCAAGCAGCAUACGUGACCUCUCCAGGGCCAAUUCUCGCCCAAAGCCUCAACUCCAGCAGCGACUUACCAGCAGAUGAUAAGGUGCUGUUUGCGGUGUUCAGCAAAGCGGACAGCCUGGACUCGGCACUCUGCAUGUAUCCUCUUAGCAGCAUCAACCGCAGGCUCAAAGAGGCCAUCGAAUCAUGUUACAGAGAAGAAUACAACGACAAAAAACCAAAAGCAGUCUCCUCGCCUUAUAGCAGCAAAGACGGGAAGCUUUGCCCUCUCAUGAAACCGGAUAUGUAUGACUUGAACCCUUGCGGAGCCGAGUUCUUGCCGUCUCCUUUGGCCACUACACCCGAAUACGCUUUAAGUGCUAGCCCCGUGUUCACCAGGAACAGCAUGCUAACGUCUGUGGCUGUGGCCGUGGUGAACAGCAAUACUGUGGCUUUUGUGGGCACUAACCUGGGAGAAGUGCUGAAGAUUCAUCUGACUGAUCAUGGUGACGUGUAUGGCAAAUUUCCAGGAGACGGUACUGAUGGUCCGGUUAACAAAUCCAUGUUCUUCGAUUCCAGCAUGGAUCAUCUGUACAUUACCACUCUGAAGAAGAUCACUAAAGUUCCAGUGCAGGUGUGUGAACAGAAGAAAGACUGCCAAAUGUGUGUGAGUCAGAGGGAUCCAUACUGUGGCUGGUGUGUCCUGGAGGGCCGAUGCACCAGAAAAACGGAAUGCCGCCGAGGAGAGGAGAAGGACGCGUGGCUGUGGAGCCCCAAUCAGAAGUGUGUCACCAUUCAGGCUUUCGAUCCUCCCAACCUGAGCUGCAAGAAGACCAAGCAGGUGAAGAUGAACGUCUCCCCACUCCCCAACGUCGAAAAAGAUGAGCUGAAGUGUGCAUUCAGCGACUUUGAAAGCAAGGCCGAGAUGAACAACGGCCAAGUAAUCUGCACUUUACCAAAUCCAGUGGACAUUCCACCUACUCCUGGGACACAAGAUUUUGUAGCGGUGCCUGUGAAGAUCAUAGUGAACGGCACAAUUGAGAUAACACGCGGUGAAUACAGGUUUUACAACUGUGCUGCGGUUGCGAAGAACGCAGUAAAUACACCGUGCAUAGCAUGUGUGAUGAGUCAGUGGGGCUGCCAGUGGAACACGCAGGAUCACACGUGCAGUGACCAGGACGACUCUGUGCAGGAAAACAUCAUUAAACAAAGCCAGCGUGAUAAGUGUCCUCAGUUUGAGAACCUGGAACCAUCACUCAUUCCUGUGGACUUCAAAACUUCCCUCAUGUUCGAAGGCAAAAAUUUGGAGAAGUACAUGGGCAAAACGUUCCAGAUCGGCACCGAGCUCAUGAAGCAGGUGGGCGACGUGACGACUACGGGGUCAAAGUUCAGCUUUGGCGGUUAUCAGUUUGCUUACGACAAAACGCCAGAGGUGAAUGUGUCAUUCUAUGUGAAGGAUAAGGAGACCGAGAAUAGGAUCGACAGCACGCUCCAGGUGGUGCUGUAUAAUUGUUCAGUGGGCCGUGAGGACUGCAGUCUGUGUAAAAGCGCAGACACCAAGUAUGAGUGUGUGUGGUGUCACACCACACGCUCCUGCAUUUAUUCUAAGCUUUGUUCAAAAGAGCUUGAGCAGUGCCCUGCUCCCACCAUCAAAGAUAUCAGGCCGCGGUUCGGGCCCAAGAAGGGGCAGAUCUCGGUUACUAUAACAGGAUCCAACCUGGGGAUUAAAAAAGAAGACAUCAAGCGAAUCACUGUGGCAGAUGUGCCAUGUGAGCACCAGGCAGACAGAUACUCCGUCUCCACGAGUGUUGUGUGUAAGAUCGGCCCACUGCCUGACCCUCCGUAUGAUCUGCCCAAUCCCAAAAGCCCGGAAGGACCGGUGAAGGUGGAGGUAGAGGGGAAGGAAAUCAGCAUAUCCACAGUUAACUUCACAUACAGGGACCCCGUCCCUAUGUCUGUGAAUCCCAUUAAAGGUCCGCAAGCUGGUGGGACGGUUAUCACGAUCACGGGUCAAUACUUGGACACAGCUACUAAAGAUGACAUAAGAAUCACUGUGGGAGGUGUGCCCUGUGAAGUCCUCGACUUCGGACCCCAAAUCACCUGUAAGACGGGUCCGUAUAAAAGCCGUCAGGUUUCAUCGAAGCCACUCGGAGUCGAAGUGAAAUACGGCGAGAGCAUCUUCGUCGUGCCUAGCACCUUCACCUACGCCACCAAUCCGACGAUCAGCAGCUACUCCCCUCAAGCAAGCUUCAUAUGCGGAGGCCGGAACAUCACGGUGGUGGGAACAGGAUUCGAUCUGGUUCAGAGAGCCGUUAUGAGAGUGCUGCCCUCUGCUGAUGAGUUCAACUUGCAGCCCAGCAAUGCUGAGUUUGUGCAAGAGUUUACUAGUAAGAACGAAACCGUCCUGGAGUUCUUCUCUCCAGCCGUGAAGAAUACUCCUGAGGAUCUGCCCUUUAGGACCGUCAUCCAGCUCGACAACGUUCAGGUGAACCUGACCGAGUUUGAGUACCACCCCAAUCCCGUGUUCCAAGACCCCAUUGACAGAACUAUCAGCGCAGGAAGCAUCAUUAUUGUCCAGGGUCAAGGUCUUUCCAAGGCCAUGACUGCUCAAGAGGCGCGGGCGUUUGUUGGAGACGAGUUGUGCGCAGUGACGGUCCUGCACGAUGAUAAGCUGUUCCUGGAGGCCCCAUCCAAACCUCCUAAAGCUCGCUCCAGACGCCAGCGAAGAGACACCAGUUCAGAGACCCUGGACCUGGUGAUUAAGUUUGGCCAUGGAGAGUGGAAAGUGGGCACGGUGCGCUAUGAGAAGAAGACCGAGGUUCCACUGUACAUCAUCAUCCCAGCGGUCAUCCUGCCCAUGCUGCUGUUCAUUGCUGUGUCUGUGUACUGCUAUAGGAGAAAGAGCCAGCAAGCUGAGAGAGAGUACGAAAAGGUGAAGCACCAGCUGGACAGUCUGGAGGAGAGCGUGCGGGAUCGCUGUAAAAAAGAGUUCACAGAUCUGAUGAUCGAGAUGGAAGACCACACCAGUGAUCUGAGUGAGGCCCGGAUUCCCUUCUUGGACUACAAGAAUUACACGAACCGCGUCUUCUUCCUUCCCUCUAAAGAUGGUGCCAAUGAUGUCAUGAUCACUGGCAAGCUGGACAUCCCAGAAAACCGCAGGGCCACUGUGGAACAGGCACUAAAUCAGUUCUCCAAUCUGCUCAACAGCAAGACCUUCCUCAUCAAUUUCAUCCGUACUCUGGAGAGCCAGCAAGAGUUUAAUGCCAGAAAUAAGGUGUACUUCGCGUCGUUGCUGACGGUGGCCCUGCAUGGGAAGCUGGAGUACUACACUGACAUCAUGAGGACGCUCCUGCUGGAGCUGAUGGAGGAGCAUGUGCACAGCAAAAACCCCAAACUCAUGCUCCGCAGAUCAGAGACGGUAGUUGAGAGGAUGCUGUGUAAUUGGAUGUCCAUUUGCCUCUACCAGUUCCUCAAGGACUCAGCUGGUGAACCACUCUACAAGCUUUUUAAAGCUAUAAAGCACCAGGUUGAAAAAGGCCCAGUGGAUGCGAAGCUGAAGAAGGCCAAGUACACUCUGAAUGACACGGGGCUGCUGGGAGAUGAUGUGGAGUACUCGGUCUUGACUCUGCAGGUGCUGGUCCAUGGUGAGGGUCCUGAUGUAACCCCAGUGAAAGUGUUGAACUGUGACACUAUCUCCCAGGUGAAAGAGAAAAUCGUGGAACAGGUUUACCGGAACGUUCCCUAUUCCCAGAGGCUGACUGUAGACAGUGUUGCCCUGGAAUGGCGUCCCGGCUCAACAGGACAGAUUCUGUCUGAUAUGGAUUUAACGUCUCAGAAGGAGGGCAGAUGGAAACGGCUGAACACUUUAGCACAUUACAAUGUGCGAGAUGGUGCCAUUGUAGUUCUGUCAAGAGUUCUUCACACUCAGCAGUCUUUUGACCAGAACCAGGAAAGCCAAGAAGAAAGAAGUGCUCUGCUGGAGGAUGAUAAAGUGUUCCAUCUGGUGAGGCCAGCAGAUGAGCUGGAUGAAGUGAAGUCCAAGAGGGGCAGCAUGAAGGACAAGGCCCCCAUUAAAACCAUCACGGAGAUCUACCUGACCAGGCUGCUGUCCAUGAAGGGCACGUUGCAGCAGUUUGUCGAUGAUUUCUUCCGCAGCGUGUUGUGUUCAGGGACCACGGUCCCGCCAGCUGUCAAGUAUUUCUUCGACUUCCUGGACGAACAAGCACACAAACAUGAUAACGUAGAUGAGGAAACCAUCCACAUAUGGAAGACCAACAGUUUGCCCCUGAGAUUCUGGGUUAACAUCCUGAAAAACCCCCACUUCAUCUUUGACGUGCAUGUGACUGAGGUAGUUGAUGCCUCGCUGUCCGUUAUCGCCCAGACCUUCAUGGAUGCCUGCACUAAGACCGAGCACAAGCUGACCCCAGAGUCUCCAAGUAACAAACUUCUCUAUGCAAAAGAGAUUCCGACAUAUAAGAAGAUGGUUGAAGAUUAUUACAAAGGCAUCCGUCAGAUGGUGCCAGUGAGUGACCAAGACAUGAACACACACCUGGCUGAGAUCUCACGGUCCCACACAGAUAAACUGAACACCCAGGUUGCCCUGCACCAGCUGUACCAGUACGCCAGCAAGUACUACGAUGGAAUCAUCUCGUCACUCGAGGAUGACCCUGCAGCUCAGAGUAAGCAGCUGACCCUUAGACUGCAGCAGAUUGCAGCCGCACUGGAGAACAAAGUCACAGAUCUUUAGUGUCGAGUCUCCGAGGCCAGAGCACAGGAAGACCUGCAAGAAACACAACUCGCCGGGCCCCGAGAGAUAAACGAGCCUGCAUGAAAAGACCCAGAGGACUUGUGCAGCCCAUCACAUCAUCACUGUCACCUAGCUUGUUUCUUUUCUUCGGUAACGCAGCAGGAUCAGUUCAGCCCGAGUGAGCUGGAGGACGCAGUAAAAAGACUUGAUGGUUUCUGGCUGAAAUCCUGCUCCUUUACGGUACGGCUGCGUCACAGCUCUUCACUGACCACUAUGAUGAUUUAGUGUCCGUUUUGCAGUUCCAGUAAUAAUCAGAUUGUUCUUUCCUGUGCAAAUGAAAUUCAAAUAAUAGUAUUAUAUAUGUAUAUAUUUUUACACAGAAUGGAUUUAUUGUCAUUUCGGUUUCAUAGCCAUUAUGUUUCCAGCUUGAGGCAAGGUCAUUAAGGUCACUUCCUGUGGAAUUUGCAUUGCUUCAGUCUCGUGCUUCACGUUUCCGUCUGCAUGGAGUAAUGCGUAAUGCCUUCACAGAGAGUACACCUUGCGUCUUUUAAUUUCCGUGGCAUCUGUUUGUCUUGCUGAUUUGUCCGCUUUUGUCCUUUUGGGAAUGCAGGGUUAGGCUAGUAUAGAUGCUGAGAGAUAUUGAGUGUUGUUCAUACAGCAAGAGGUGCUCUUAGUUAUGUUUUUAUGUUUUGCUGUAAGACAAGUUACCAACAUAUAGCAAAUACCCAGCAAAUGAUGGCUUCUUCUGAGCUGAGCGAUGGACUGAGUGAUGACUCUGAAGCUUCACUUGUCAUGUUUCAUAAUCCAUAAUAAUAAUGAUGAUAAUAAUGUUCCAUCCAAAAGUAUUCUUUAUGUAUCUGAUGAUUAUUUUUUUUUUUUAUUACAGCUGCUCACCAUACUUUUAAGUGUCUGAAGUGCCAAUUUUCAGUAACUAGAUUUUCCUAUAUUUUAUAGCACCAUCUUCUUGUCACAUAUGGCUUUCCAUAAUGUUUUUGGCACAUUUUUUUUUUUCUGAACCACCGACACAAGGCAUACGACAAACUAGCUGUCCACGUUUUGUGUCGUUCUAAAAUUUAAAUACGACGUUUUGACCUUAGAUUGUGUCUCGGACUUUUGAAUGUUAUCCAUCUUACCCCACCUGUGGGUUUUUGUUCGUUUGUUUUUUAAAGGUUUAAAAGUGGUAUUCCAUAAUGACCAAUUAAGAAUGACCAAAUUACCGAUUACAUGAAUCAUUUUGUUAAAUAAGGCCUUGGUGACCGUCGUGAAAACUGUGCAAGUCUCAGAACUGUAACUGUGGUGUUUUAGGUUUUUUGUUUUUUUUUUUUUAGAAAUGACCAAAGUUUCAAACUGUCUCAUUCUCUUUGUGCUUAAGUUUCUUUUAAACCGAUAUCGUAUCAUAUAUGCACCAGACUCCACAAAGACCGGACCUGUGUUGAGUCCUUAAGGAUUGAAUGAAGGUAGUUGAUGAUAUAAAUUCCUUAUAAAUAAGCUUUUUUCCCCCUUUAACAAGCGGUACUAUAUUUUAUUUGUGAGUCUGUGCCCUGACUUAAACAUACCAUGCACUACACACAUCAAAUCAGUAAUGGAAAUGUAUUUUUAGUACAAGAUGACACACUUUUACCAGACUUUAAUGCUUUUUCCCCCGUCUUUCAUCCGCCGAUUCCUGUUACAUUCCUAAUUGUAAACUUUCCUGAGUAUGUUGCCAUAUCGUGAAGCUUUUUUUUUUUUUAAGCCUUUCUUGACCAGAAUGUGCCUUAAUGAAAACUGAGUAAUAAUCAUAAAUGUGGUGAUUCGAACUGAAUUAAAAACUUGCAAUAGCGAUUAGUUCCAGAUUUUUGUACAAUAGCCCAUUUAUUCUCUGUGUCAUUUAUGAGAACAGAUGUGCCACUUUAGUUUACUUAAUGCUGGUAAAUGUGUUUAUGAUGGUGAAGAGAAAAUGUAUUAAAAGUAUGUUUUUGGUCUUAA